AUGACGGGCAAAUUAGGUAGCGCUAAUACGGUUAUGGCAGCCCCAGCAUUAAGGAUCAUUCGAUUCUUUCAAAUACUUCGAAUGUUACACGUUGAUAGACAUGCACACAGUUGGAAACUACUUAUAACAGUUGCCUAUAUGCAUCGAAUAGAGUUAAUUACCACAAUGUAUAUGGGAUUUGUGUUCCUUAUUUUUACAGCUUAUCUGAUUUAUAUAGCGGAAAGAGAUUUUAAAAUGCCAGACGGUCAUCGUCCAUUUGAGUCGUAUGCCGAUGCCUUAUGGUUCGGAAUUGUCACAGUAGCUACAAUUGGAUACGGCGAUAAAACACCUCAUACAUGGCCUGGUCGAAUUAUCACAGCAUGUUUGAGUAUAAUUGGCAUUGCAUUCUUCGCUUUACCUGCAGGAAUAUUAGGUUCUGGUUUUGCACUACAUGUUCAACAAAAAGAACGUCAAAAACUUUAUCAUAAACAGUAUCCAGCUAGUGCAUCUCUUAUUCAGGCUGCUUGGAGAGUUCAUGCUACAACCAAUUUGACUGCAAAUAAUGCAACUUGGAGAUUAUACAAACUAGUAGAUCCUCAGCUAGCAAACCGAUCAUUAUUAAUUUCACGUAAUAUUCCGCCAUUACGACAGAGGCGUUCAAUUUUCCACAAUUUAGGUAACGAUAAUGAUUUAUUAAAUUUUGAACUUUUUCCUUCAACAAAUAAUAAUUACUUAUUCAAGAUUUUAAUUCGAACAGAUGCAGAUGCUGCUACUCAACAACUGCUACUUGGCACAAGACAAUCAACGGCAAUCGUUGACGAUUUACCGGACAGAUUCAAACAAGCUAUUCGAGUUAUAAGACAAAUGAAGUUUUUUGUUGCAAGACGUAAGUUUCAGGAAGUACGUAAACCGACAGAUAUGACUGAAAUUGCUAAACAAACAGUUGAAGAUAAUCAAGCUAUUAUGAUUAAACUGAAAGAAUUACAACGAAGACUUGAUACAACUCUUGGAGGUGCUUCGUUAGAUCGUGAGUCAACAUCAGAUGCAUUUCGAAAAAGCAAUCGUUCAAGGUCGGUGCGAUUUACUCAACAACACCACCAACUACAUAUUGAACAACAACCAUUAACGAUCAGUGAUCAGUUAAAAGGUGUACAAGAUCGUUUAACAGUAAUUGAACAAACGUUAAGUAAAUUCACAUCAAUUAUAAGUCGGAUCGAUGAAAAAACUAAUGCAAGAAGAUUGACUGAUGUCAUUUGA